AUGUUUUCAUCUCUAUUCAAAUAUUUAAUCAUUCAACAACAAAAAAUUUUUCGAUUACAAAUAAAGACUUUAUCUACUGUAAAAGAUGGUGUGAAUGACAUUCGUGAUACAGGAAUUGUUAAACGAUUUUCACAACAUAAAGGUUUUGGUUUUAUUAAACGAGACAGUAAUGGAAAUGAUAUAUUCGUACAUUUUCAAUCAAUUCUUGGUACUGGAUUUAAAACACUUCAAGAAGGACAACAAGUUGAAUUUAAAGUAUUUCAAGGAGUUAAAGGUCUUGAAGCGCGAGUAAAUAUUUAUGAUUAUUUGUUUUUUUUAAUAUGUAUUUUAAAUUUUUUAUUUUUAUUGAAUGUCAUUGUAAAAGAUCAAUUAUCCGAUAUGAAGACUAGUCAAGUUGAAACAUUUAAAACUCUUACAAAUGACCGACAUAUUGGCAUUAUUAGGAAAUUUAUUAAAAAUCGUGGUUUUGGUUUUAUUACAAGAAAAAGUGAUGGUGCAGAUUUAUUUGUACAUUCUCGUUCAAUUCGUCAUACUGGUUUAGAAUCUGUUGAAGAAGGAAUGGAAGUUGAAUUUUUAGAAGUUCAAAGUAAUCGUGGUGCUGAAGCAAAAGAUGUUCGUAUUAUUAACAAAACCGAUUCAAUAGAAAAUACUCGGAAUCAAAAACAGCAGUUUGGCAUAACUAAUGAUCAAUAUUCCGAUACAAAAAUAAACGAACAAGAGACAGGAAUAAUUAAACAAUGGAAUAAAGAACGUGGGUUUGGUUUUGUUCGUCGAACAUUAAAUGGAAAGGAUUUAUUUGUUCAUGCAAAAUCACUCAAAGAAAAUCUUCAAGAAUUAGAAAUUGGUCAACAAAUUCAAUUUCGAAUACAACAAACUGAAAAAGGUGAAGAAGCAUCGGAUGUAUAUUUGAUUAAAAGCGAAUAA